UUGUGUUGCGGGGCACUGUGGAAAUAUUGUGAGACGCGAGAGUGGGUAAAAGUGGAAACUCCAGCGCUUCGUGUUUCAAAAGCUCAGGAGUGACCAGCCGGGCAGCAAACGCGAAGACGCCCCCGGGGAGUGUUCGGAUCCAGGGAGAAGUCAAUAUUUACAGGAGGAACAUCAGCCAGGAAAGAAGACUCAUCGGGAGCAAUAGGAUACUUUUUAUUAUAGAAGACUUACUUUCCUCGUUCCUCUGUUCCCGUCCGCUUAGGAGCGCCAGGCAAACGCAACGUGAAACGAUGCAAAAACACAUCUUCCCGAACGAGGGGCAGCACAUCGAUAUUGUCAAUUUGACAGUACUGAGUCACGACUGGACUGGGGUGUACGAUGCUGUACGAUGGAUCCAACUGGUCAUGGCCAUUCUGAGCAUUGUGGGUUCGGGCUCUAUCAUAGCUUAUGCUGCACUGCAGAAUUUAAUCCGGACACCCGAGGUGCGGCCCUUGUUCUACCUGAGUGUGACGGACCUGCUGCUGGGUGUGAGCUGGCUCGUCGGGGCCGUGCUGUACAGGGAGCCGGUCAGCAGCCAGAGCGCCGUCUGCUACAACCUGCAGUCUGUCGGCCAGAUAUUCUACGUCUCUUCGUUUUUCUAUACUGUCAACUACACCUGGGUUCUGUACACCGGACUGCUGGAGAAGUACCACAGGAAUGUGAAUGCCUUCUCACCUAUGUAUUCGGAGAAAGCCUACAGGGUCAGCAGGAUAGCCACAGUGUUAUCAAGUGUGGCUCCUCUGCUGCUCAUGGCCCCAGUGUUCGGGGUGGGGAAUGCCUGUGAGUGCUACCGGAACGUCAGCCAGCCGUACAAGUGCCUCCUGAUGCACACGGGGGAGCUGGAGCCGACGCCGAGCUCCCGAGAAGCCAGCGCCCCGCUCUGCCGCGUCAUGCACUACUACAGCAUCGGCGUCUUCCUGCUCGCCUUCCUGCUCGCCCUCACGGGCAUCGUGGUCCUGAUGGUGAAGGCCCGGUCGCUCUACAAGCGCUUCGUGAACUCCAGCGGCUUCCUAGGGGACCAGCAGUGGGCCAAUAUCAGCGUCCUGGAGCGCCGGGUGGUGCUGUACCCAGCGGCCUUCUUCCUGUGCUGGGGGCCAGCUGUUCUCCUUGCCAUACUGAAGCUGUUUAACCCCAGUGGACAGCCGGAGCUUUUCGUUACACUCUACAUCUUACAGGCACUCACCUCGGCCUCUCAGGGGCUGCUCAACUGCUUCGUGUACGGCUGGACGCAGCGGCUGUUCCGGUUCAUGAAGAAGAGGGCCACUCGCGACGCGGACACGCAGACGCCCCUGCUGAGAGCUCAGAAGAAGAGCUACGCUGCCUUGGUCUCCACCGCCACAGGCACCUCCAGCUAGGCGGCCGCCCCGGGUGCUGAUGGGAUACCUGGGCCGUGGCCACAGAGACCGUCUGGACACGCGAAGGGACUCUCAGGGCCACACCAGGGGGGGUUCCUUGCCCCCGGGCGAGGAGGUCAAAGGGACGGCCUGCGAUAAGCUGCAAAUCAGCUGCCAUUGACUCUAACAGAAUGUCUGUUUCCUCGAGUCCUUUAACUUCCCGAGUUAAAAAAGGGAAAAGACCAGCUGACUGGGAAAGAGAAGUCAGUUGUUCCCGUGUGAAGAGGAGAUGGUCUGCAGUUUGCUUGAAAGUUUUUUUAAUUUUGAGAACAGAAGGCCCACCUAGCCCAUUUGGCAGUUAGUAAAGAACACGGAUCCGAGAAUCUCAUCCAGCUGUGUCCCGGAGGUGUUGGCUUCAGUGACACGGCCGGUAGCUGUGUACUCUCACCAGCCCUUGCUCGGUCAUUCUAGGACGACUUGCUCAAAAUUAGAUUUCUGGUUUUGUGAAGGUCUUGUUUCACAGGUCGGUAUGCAGACAAAUGACAGUAAAUGUGACACACUCUUUGUGGGCGUUGCAGUAUACUCAGAGAAACUGGGAAGAAAUUAAGAACAUCUGUUUUCUCAAGUUGUUUAUCAGAGACUCAUGCCAUGCCAUUUGGUUCCGGAUUUGAAAUUUCUGUUUUGAUCCACGUCAAACUAAACCCCGGAAAACUUGCAUUCCAUGAAAGAACACGAUCUUGCACAUGAAUGGGCUGCAGAAACCAUGAAUUUCUUCAGUUCCAGUGACUCCUUUCUGGUAGUUGAAUGUAACAAAGGGGAAAUACAUUUAUGAAUUGAUCAAGCACAACAAUGAUUUAUUUGUACUAUACUAAUGAGUAAAUAUGUAGAUGUGAAAAUCUGUCUGAGAAAAUGGACACAGCAGUCCUGUGAAGAAAACAGGGCAUUUAAACCCCUUCCACAGUCCUAUCACAGCAGGGACUGUGUUCACCUAAUGGACAUUGAGAAUUAAUGACCUGAUUUUUCCUGAAUCCUGCCAGUGACUGCUUGCUCAAGACGAGUUUUGCAAAAACUGCUUUACACAAUAAAUGUGAAUAAUAUUUGACUUCUAAGGAUCAGAUGGACUUGAUGAAAACUUAAAUGAGUUGCUUUUUUACAGACAUUCCUGUGUAGUUUUUGUAAGUCUACAGGCUCGCUACUAGUUUCUAGACAUUUUCUAUAUAGAUUAUACACAGUACUCAUUUCAGAAAUAAGCACAGUGUAUAAUAUACAUAAUUUUCCAUGGAAAUAUGAUUAAUUUGAAUUUUCUGUUAUAAAGCUUUACUACAUUAAGCAAAAAUGGAAGAACAAUUGGACCUUGUUUUGGGUACCAGUCUAUUGAUUGUAAUUAAAUGGUCUUUGCUGAAGCAUGCCAUCCUUUAAAAGUUUUUAUAACAAUUCAUCUUUUCUAUAGCCAUGUGGAGGAACACACUAAUAUAGCUUGCAUGUAUUUUCCUUUUAUACAUAAUUCUGGACCUCAUAUCAGAAGAGGUCAGAAUCUCGACCUUCUCCAUUGCUGUGAUUUAAAACGUUUAGCAUUUAUUUUCAUCAUAAAAAGUUAAUAGCUGCCAGCCACCUGACAAAUGGACAAUAAACGCCUGAAGAGCUUCCUCUUCUAAACUAGAAUCCACGUUCUAAACUGGGAAUCUCUGCCUUUUUAAAGACAACAAGCCAAGGCCAUCUUGUCAUACUAGAUGAGACACUUUACUGUAUAGUUAUUGAUCUGAAACCUUACUGUCCUCUUCCCCGAUGUGUUUCUUUGCUGAAUACAAUUUGCGUCUCAUAUACAUGUAUAAUAUAUAAUACAUACAUUAGGAAAUAAAAUAAUUAGUUCUACAGCUUUUUUGCAUAAUGAGUGACUGCAUGUGCAUUUAAUGAAUCUUUGUUCUCAGAUGAUACAGAAAACAUCAUAACAACAUUUCAUGAAUGUCACUGGCAUAUUUAAAUAGUUCUGUUCAAUACUGAAAUUACUCUCCUUUUCAUCAGCAUGACUGAUACAAAGAGCUACACUCUGCUUUGUAGAACACAUUGCUAGCACACAUCUUACAGUUUGUGUUUUUAUAAAAAAUGUAAAUAUACUUUUCAUUAUGUAUUAAGUUAUUUGUAGGUGACAUGGUGUCUGUAAAAAUAAAUAAAUGUGGUAAAUAUUGUACUGUA